AUGCUUUCAAACUUGGGCGAUGUGGUCGAAAGACUGCAGACAGAGAAACGGGAUCUUUCUUCAAUGCUGCUCAGGUUUAAGAACGGCCGGAGGUCAAAAUCUGGUGAACGUCGCAGCGGCGGGCUCAACUGUCGAAAUUCGAAAACACCGUUUAGGGCCCCGACGGCCAUUUUCAGCCCCGUGGUGAACAACCGACAACCGUUACCGGUUCGACCGGAAACGCUGUGCUGUGACUUGUUUGCAGCGGCCGUAAGCGAUCGACGCUAA